CCCACAGCGCCUCAGUCUCAACCGAACCGCUAUCCAAUAGACAAGACACUCCCCAUCCUGGUCUGAUCCAAUCGAAUUGAAAAGAGGGAAGAAGGCCGAGUAUUGAGAAGGAGUGAGCUCAAGGGAACGAGAGACAGAGUCGUGACAUUCGCCAGGGCUGCUCUUCAGGUCGGCCGUGUCGUGAAGUGCCGGGGGAAGUCCUCUGUUGUUCGAGCGUCCGCCGCCGGCUCUCCUUUGCGUUGGGACGCGAGUGGGCGCCAGGGCUGGUGCCAGCCGCCGCCAGGAUGCCGACCGAGUGCAUCUCCGAGUGCCUGCCCAACCCGCUGCAGCGGGAGCUGGCCGACUCCAUCAUCAGGAUGGUGCCGCUGGACGACAUCCGGAUCCUGCUCGCCUGCGGCGCCAAGGUGAACGAGCCCGUGACCCAGGGGCUGCGCCCGCUGCACUACGCCGUCUGGCAGCGCUACCCGGAGGCCGCCAUGCUGCUGCUGGUGCGCGGCGGGGACGUCAACGCCCGGGACGAGUGCGGCUACUCCGCGCUGCACCUGUCCGCCGAGCACGGGUACACGGAACUCGUGAAGCUGCUGCUGCUGCAGGGCGCGCGCGUCGACUACCGCGAGGACACCGACGACCCCUUCCCCAGGACCACGCUGUGCGACGAGCCGCUGCGGCUGGCGAUCCGCAACGGACACCAUGAGGUUGCCCGUGUGCUGUUGGAGAACGGCGCGGACCCCAACAAGCGGUACUUCUUCGGCUCGGAGAUCAACCUGGUGUCGCCGCUGGACCUGGACUUCAUGCGGCUGCUGCUCACCUACGGCGCCAACCCGGACGCCAUGGACCGCGCCGGGCUCACGCCUCUCAUGAAGGCGGCGCGCCUGCCGCAAGGCAUGGAGUCCGUGCUGCUGCUGCUGUCCUUCGGGGCCAACGUCAACGCGCAGACGGACGAGAGGCACGACUACCGCUCGGUGCUGCACUACGCCGUGCUGUCGGGCAACCUGGCCACCGUGAACCUGCUGCUGCGCCAGGGCGCCAGGGUCAACUUCCCGCCCGACUACCAGAAGGCCACGCCGCUGCAGCUGGCCGUGCUCAAGGGGGACCCCGAGCUCGUGCGCAUGCUCAUCCACGCAGGAGCCGACGUGAACGCGUCGUCCCCCAUCAUCGGCACGGCGCUGCACGUCGUCUGCGCCGACAACAUCCCCAACCGCCUGGACCUGCUGCAGCAGCUGCUGGAGGCCGGCGCCGACCCCAACGUGCUCGUCGAGUCGGACGAGGGUCCGCCGCUGAGGCCAGUGCUCGCCGAGUACCUGGCUUCCAACGAGGCGCAGCCGUGCCCCGUGGUGGUCAGCAUGCUCUUGCGGUACGGCGCCAAGGUACCUGGCUCUUAUAUUCCUCACUUCCCUAUCAAAACUUAA